AUGGUCAGAAAAGGGUGUUUUAGCGUUAGUCGAGCUGCGGCAGGGACCGCGCUCGUAUUCAGGCAUAAGAGCGGAAGCGACAGCAGCCAAAUCGGGGCACAUGGUAAAGUGUAUAUAUUGGAGCUACAUAGUUAUAUAACUUACUACUAUAUAUACGACGACGACACCGACGACGACGGGCGAACGCAUUCGACAAGUCGCUCCCCCAGGGUCAUCGUGGGGGACAUCAUCGGGCCUAAAGAAUUAUGUGCAGACGCCUAUUCUCAACAAAAGACGAACUUGGCUGCAAGGUAA